UGACAAACAAUUAACUCCUAAAUAUCUUAAAUAUGUCCCCAUUUCGAUAUUAGCUAGUCCUUUAGUACAUACAAACGUUGAAGACAGACAGUCGCAUUAUGAAGACCUUGGUACAAGUGUCCGUUGUGAUCGCUAUAUUAAUCCAACAAGGAACAUGCUUACAGUGCAACGUCUGCAGUAGUGCCAUUUCAAUGGAUGAUUGCGCAGCGAGUCAGAAACUGAAACCCUGUGAAAAGGAUGAAGAUAAAUGUGCAUCGCUGCAAGAAAUGUACCAAGGUAGAAUGCAGUAUCACAAAUUCUGUUUACACGAAACCAUUAAUUGCAAAGAAGUUUGCACUAAAUAUAAUUCCAAUGGUAGCAAAUGCAGUGAUAAAGAUUUAGCUGAGUGUUGUCAAGGAGACGGAUGUAACGUGUAUUUCAACAAUUCAGCAAUAUCAACAUUGCCUUAUCUUACUUGCUUCAUUUUUGCAUUGUUUUCAUUACUUUGUUAUUAUUUUUAAUCAGAACUGUCUGUGUAGAUAUAUACCUUUAUUCAUAUGUUUAAUAUUUAAAAAAUAAUUUUAUAAUUUUCUUGAAUUUCUUGCUCUUUGAAACGAAUAAAAUAUAUAAAUUUUGUUAUCUUUGGUUUAAAUUACAAUAGGUGGAAUUUUUAGCUUAAUUUUACUUCGAGAAAUCCUAUUUUAGUAACAAUAUAGUAACAAUUAUGGCUUUUGAAAGUUGUUUUCUGCUAUAAACCUUGUUUUUAAAUACAGGUCAAAAAUAAAGUGAUUUUAAAAUUUUAUAUCUUUGUAAAGCUGAAACAAAAAGUGCGGAAAAAGUGUCUAUAUUUGUUUAUAUUUUCCAACAUUUGUUAGUGCGGGUGUAUACGUCGAUGUCAAAAUGAUAUUGUUUACAAUUGCAGUCAACCAUUUUUCCACAACUUUCGACCCCCCUCAGUCAAUCAACGUAUUUGAACUAGAGAGAAAUUAAUUUUACACACUUUACGUGAGUUGAAAAAUGCCCGCUCUCCCCUAUUGACUAGCGUCAACUUAAGCAUACCACCCCUCCCCUGUAACAGUUACGUCAUUUGUGAACAUCCAAACAUUUUUUUUAUUUUGUAAUUUCUUGACACUACUAAAAAUGCUAGCAUAGGUCACAAAUUAACGUUGGGGCUUUACCAACCUCGUUCCCAGGGUAUUGUGGCCCCUGAGCCGUUAUUACGGUGUGGCCAACAAUAUCAACUUAUCAACAAGGCAAAAUGCCAUGGGAACGAGGUUGGGGCUUUACGUUACAUAUUAGUAGUACGUUUUUUUAAACAUAAAUGCAAUUUUUAUUGUUUUCAAUUUUAUUUUAAAUUUUUCAUUUUUCACUUGUUGUCAUUUUUAAUGAAUAAAUAUAUUACCCUAAAA